CCGCAAUUAUUUUUAUUUUUAUUUGCUCUUGAUUUUCUAUAUAAUAUAUUUAGGGUUCUAAAUAUUGGACAUGUGACGCAUUUCUCUCCCUAUAUAUAUAUUUAUAUUAUCAUUUAUUCAAAACACCUAGUUCAUUUUUCUUUUCUUCCCCUUGGCUACCUGAUCUGGUGAUCAACUCAUUUCGAGGCAACCAACAUGGGGUCUCAUCAUGAAGAGGAAGCGGUAGAACACCAUAACACCCCCUUGCUAAACUCCAUAGAAGCAGAACCAGUCUUAGCCUCACCGCCAGAUCCUGUCACAUCGGGACACUCGUCGGACUGUCGUCUCGAGAAAAUACUUUCAGACACCGAAUUGCCUUUCACCAAACGUCUCUGUCAGGCCUCAUGUAUCGAACUUAAACUCCUCUUCCGCCUAGCUGCUCCAGCCAUCUUCGUCUAUUUAAUCAAUAACUCCAUGUCACUUGCCACCCGGAUAUACGCCGGCCACCUCGGUAAUCUUGAGCUCGCCGCCGCCUCCCUCGGCAACAGCGGCAUCCAACUCUUCGCCUAUGGCCUCAUGUUAGGCAUGGGAAGUGCGGUGGAAACGUUAUGUGGUCAAGCUUAUGGGGCCAAUAGAUACGAUAUGCUUGGGAUAUAUCUACAAAGAGCGACUGUAGUUCUCACCAUAACGGGCCUCCCAUUAACUGUCGUUUACGUAUUAUCGAAGCCGCUCUUGCUUUGGCUGGGCGAGCCGGCUGAGCUAGCCUCGGCGGCUGCGCUAUUCGUGUACGGAUUAAUACCACAAAUCUUCGCCUACGCCGUGAACUUCCCGAUACAGAAGUUCCUCCAAUCGCAGAGCAUCGUGACGCCCAGCGCGUACAUAUCGGCGAUCACGUUGGUGUUCCACCUGUUGGCUUGUUGGGCCGUGGCCUUCGAAUUGGGCUGUGGGCUUAUUGGAAUUUCGCUGGUUUUGUCCAUGUCGUGGUGGAUCAUCGUUGGGGCUCAGUUUGGUUACAUCUUGCUCAGCGAGAAGUGUAAGAUGACGUGGAAUGGGUUCAGUAUAGAGGCGUUUUCUGGGUUGUGGGAGUUUUUCAAGUUGUCAGCUGCGUCGGCCGUGAUGCUUUGUUUGGAGACUUGGUAUUUUCAGGUUUUGGUUCUGAUCACUGGCUUACUUGAUAAUCCUCAGCUUGCUUUGGAUUCUAUCGCCGUUUGCAUGGCGAUAAACGGAUUAGUGUUCAUGGUCUCUGUCGGCUUCAACGCAGCUGCAAGUGUGAGGGUGAGCAAUGAGCUUGGAGCUGGAAAUUCAAAAUCAGCAGCGUUCUCAGUGGUAGUAGUGAAUUCGAUAUCUUUCCUGAUUGCGGUGAUGGAAGCUAUCCUAGUGCUCUCGUUUCGCCACGUCAUCAGCUACGCUUUCACCGGCGGUGAGGCCGUGGCCGAGGCAGUCUCCGAUCUCUGUCCUUUCUUGGCUGUCACUCUUGUUCUUAAUGGGGUUCAACCAGUCUUAUCGGGGGUGGCUGUUGGGUGUGGAUGGCAAGCAUUUGUGGCAUACGUGAAUGUGGGUUGUUAUUAUGUGGUGGGGGUUCCUUUAGGCUGUCUUCUUGGCUUUAAGUUCAACCUUGGUGUUAAGGGAAUAUGGUCGGGAAUGAUUGGAGGGACAAUGAUGCAAACUUUUAUUCUACUGUGGGUAACUUUUCGCACAGAUUGGAAUAAAGAGGUGGAAAAGGCCAGGAGUCGCUUGGACAAAUGGGGGGAAAACAAACAGCCUCUUCUAAAGAAAUAAAGCCCAAUAACGACUAAUAUUGGGUUAAAUCCUUCAAUGACAACCAUUUAAUGGGGCUUUUUCAAUAAUAAAGCGCGGGACUUAGUUCAUAAUUGACCUUUUUUAGAACUGAGCCCGAAAAUUUGGUUAUCGUAAAGGCCCCGUUAUUGCUAGGGUGAUUAAUUUGGUUUUUGGUUUCAUUGAGUAAAGUUCCCAUUAAUAAAUUGAUUAUCUAAUCUUCUUAAUAACUUUCAUUUCACUAGUAAUAUAUUUAUGAGUAAUUUAAUUGUGCAAA